AUGGGUACAUUUUCGAGUCUAAUUUGCGAUCGCAUUUUCGCGAACGGUACCGCGGUCUCGGCUCGAAACCCCACCCGCGAAGGUCUCUACUCUCUCCAGGUAACAGGGGCGCUGCCAGCGAUCGACUCCCGCCCGCCGCAGGUCUACACGCACCUGCAGAUGCGACUGAAGCGGCUGCAGCUGGAGGAGGAGCGGUGCGACCGGAUCCGCCGCGACAACUCCCGCAUGCUCCACCGGAUGGCGGACAUCAUCGUGACGAAGCGGGUGGACAACUCCAACCCCGACCACGACCUCAACUCCCGCCUCCUCAGUCGGAGUCGCGGAUCGACGGCGGCGCAGAGCCCGAAGGCGAACUCCAGCCGGUUGACGACGCCGAGGCCCCCCGAGACUCCGAGGCAUCCGUAUCACCUCUGCCAGCAGAUUAAGCAGGGGGCGAAGGAGAGGCAGGAGAACGGAGUGGCCGCAGACGACAGAGCCAGCUUCCCCAGCGUCGACAAGCACUCCAACCACGGCUCCAGACAGGGAAAGAAGGCGAGCCAGCCAUGCAAACGACCAGAGGUCUCGAAAGUCGCUGCCCGUGGGUUGGCACAAGCCGACCCAUAUUUCUGCCCCGUUUGGGAAUAUUUGCGGGCGAAUGCUUCUCCCCGGCCGGACGAAAGGCAGGGACAUCGUCAAGAACCGGUCGAGGAAAAACGAGGAUCGAAAGCUUUUCUGGGUCCACUGUCGAUCUGGGACAUCGAAGCCGGGAAACCUGAUACGAUCGUCUUUAGAAAACGGGACCAGGUCACACCAUACGCGAACGCGAAGGAGGUGGAGAUGCAUUACUUGCAUUGCGAGUUAGCAUUACGAGCAGCAGGAGCCUCCACCGACGACUUGGAGGAGAAUAUCCGGGGGGUGGACUACUUCAAGGUGAAGCGAACCCCGAUAUCGUGUUCGAAGGUGAAGGGCCCGAACGUGAUCCACUUGGACGAGGUCCUCGGCGCCGAGCUGCCCUCGCCCAACGAGGGCCUCACCGUCACUUUCGAGCUGCAGGUGGAAGAAUCCGGGGAAUUGAAGGUAAUCCUCGGCUUCUCUGAUUUCGUCAUCGGACUGCCACAGCGACGUGACUCGGACGAUUCCGUCGGUUCUCGACGCUAUGGGCGUUUUGAUGACGCUUUCGGUCGACGCGGUGGACGUUCAUACGACACUCUCGGUCGACAAAAUUCCGACAUAGCCCUUCAACGUCCCGACUUUGGUUUCGGAGGUCGUUACGAAAGCGUUCCCCAUGACCUUUAUAGAUAUCCUAACGACGCUUUCACCGACCACGACGGCAUGCAUGACAGACAGAACGACAUCUACGUCCCUCCUCUCGACUUGGAAGAAACAAUAGACAGUGAAAGCAGCGACUCGGAACCGUCUAGCUCGAGGGCAAAUGGCAGCCGACAUCCAGAAUGGAUGACGCCGAGAGCGGCCGACACACCCCCUAACACCCUCCACCCGCUCCUCCGAGAGGGAGUUGAGACUCCCCCGAGACACUCUCGGUUCUCACUCCGCGCUCAGCCGGACCGGACCGCGACGCCCCUCACGCGUUCAAAGAACCUCCAAAUUUCUCAGAACUCUCUUGAUUUUCGGGCCCGAUCUUCGGACUUGGACGCGACGGACGACGGUUUGAGCUUGAGACGAUGGAUCGCUCGAAAGCUUCGCUCCGACUGA